AUGGCUGCUGUAAUGACAAGACACGAGAUAGGCGUUCGCGAUGUAGGAUAUUCUGUGCAAGUCCCGGAUGACUACAAGGCGAAGAUGAUGUUCUACCUGCAAUGUAUAUGUGAUCUCAUCAAUCUGGAUGGGAGAGACGAGGAUUUUAACAGACUGACUGAUUUUGGUAGAUAUUAUCUUCUGACGGAGUCAGAAAUAGAUCAACUGACAAUCUUGUGUCUCCUUCUAUCACCGGAUCUUUUGGAUGGCAAGUGUUUAUUUCUGAACGAGGAAAUGUGCGGCAGCUCAACAAACAAGUUUUUUGAACUGUCGGCAGUUGAUCAACAACUGGUCGUGUCAAACGACAUCAUGAUUGGUGGAACGCAAACCCAUGUCAAAAGAAUCAUGUGUUACAAACGGGAAUGGAUUAUGGAGAACUACAUGAUACCAAUGACUGUAUUGAAAAGAAGAUUACAACUGAGAAUUGAAAUAGAGGAAAAUGCUGGAAGCGAAGCGGCAGAUGAUUGUUGCUGUGUUAUACUGUAA